CCCAGCGCAGGUCCAGUAACAAUUUUCAAAUCAAAACGACUGCAUCGAAAACCAAACGUUCCCGAGCACAAAGCACUGCGAAAAGCGGCCUCUUCGCUAAAAGAAUACAACCAGAAAUAAUUAAACCCAACCGGCGAAAUCAGCUGUAGCCCUCCGCCCCCGAGUGUGUGUGUGGGUGCGUCGUGUGCGUGUGAGCGGGAGAGACGUCUCGUCAGUGUGUGUGUAAUUCCAAUCAGAAAGCCAGGAUAUCCAAAAAACAUCUGUGUGAAAAAUUCGAACUGAGCAAAUCGCACUGGAAGUAGAGAAAAUGGAUCUAAACUUUGCCGAACUGAAAAAGGAGGCGGCCGCCACCAACGAGGACAUCUUCCAGCGGGCACAGAAGGCCUACGAGGACUCGGGCCUGGGCGGCGAUGCUGGCAACGUGAGCGGUGGCGCCCAGGACGACAAUGCCCAUACGGAGCACUACUUCGCCAACGAGCAGAAGAACCUGGACUUCGGCGACCCGCAGAAGUUCGUGCAGCGCCUGUCCGACGGCGCCAAGGAGGCGGCCCUGGACCUGGACGCCAAGAUUGCCCAGAAAACGGACGACUUCGACGACUUUCUGCGCAGCGCUGGCAAGGAGGUGAAGCAGGGCAUCAGUGGGCUGACCACCGACUUCAUGAACGCCGAGCGGGGCUUCUCCGCGCCCCUGGCUCCCUUCUCAGAGACUGCUGCUCCGGCGGUGCCAGCUGCUCCUCCUGCUGUGGCAGCUCCAGCUCCUGUUGUUCCAGCUGCUGCUCCUUCUGUUCCAGCUCCUGCUGCUCCAGCCCCUUCUGUCCCUUCUGUCCCAGCUCCCGUGGAGGAGGACCUCCUGGGCAGCUUCAGUGACCAGCCAUCGGCUCCACUUCAGGCCUUCCAGCCCACGGCACCGUCCAAGGCCAAUUUCUAUGAUGACGAGGAUGAUGAGGAGGAGGACUUCCUGGGCAAGCCAAUCAACGCCGCCCCAGCUGUCCCAGCCGCUGCACUGACCAAAGCCAACCAGGAUUCGGACACCGAAUCGCCGUCCGUCUCGUACACUCCAUCGCCGGCCAAGAAACCCAUUGUGGACGCCCUCAAGGACCAGGACAACGAGAAGUUCAUCUCGUCGGAGGAUCUGGUCAGUGACUUUAAGGAGGAGCCACGCUCAGCGCCAGCUCCCGCUCCCGCUGCCACUGCUCCUGCUCCUGCUGCAGUGGCGCCAGUUGCCCCAGUUGCCAAACCCCAGCCGGUUCCAGUGGCUGUCCCAGUGACAACCGCUCUGGUAACCGACCUGGAUGACGACGAGGUGGUGUUCAAGCCCAGUGUCCAAGAGGCGCCCAAGGCCCCGGCACCUGCACCCGAGCCGAAACCGGAGCCGCCCAAGCCCAAGGAGGAGCCAGCGAAGCCAAAGGCGGUUCCGGUCCCCGUGGCCGUGGAAUCGUCAUCACCGCCGCAGCCCAAGAUCGUGUCCGUCGAGGAGAUCUUCUACAAAUACGGACUGGAUGCCUGGUUCAAGCCCGAACGUUUGCACCCGCAAGUGGAAUCCCUGAUCUACUGGCGCGAUGUGAAGAAGUCCGGCAUUGUCUUCGGCGCCGGCCUGAUCACACUGGUGGCCAUCUCCAGCUUCUCGGUGAUCAGUGUGUUCGCCUACUUGUCGCUGCUGGCCCUCUUCGGCACCGUGGCCUUCAGAAUCUACAAAUCGGUCACACAGGCCGUGCAAAAGACAAACGAGGGACACCCCUUCAAGGAAUACCUGGAGCUGGACCUGACGCUGUCGCAGGACAAGGUGCAGAACAUUGCCGGCGUGGCUGUGGCACAUAUCAACGGCUUCGUCUCGGAGCUGAGGCGCCUGUUCCUGGUUGAGGACAUCAUCGAUUCGAUCAAGUUCGGCGUCAUCCUGUGGGUCUUCACCUACGUGGGUGCCUGGUUCAACGGCAUGACUCUGGUCAUCCUGGCCUUCGUCUCGCUGUUUACCUUGCCCAAGGUCUACGAGAACAACAAGCAAUCGAUCGACACCUACUUGGACCUGGUGCGCAGCAAAUUGACAGAGAUCACCGACAAGAUCCGAGUGGCCAUCCCCAUUGGCAACAAGAAGCCCGUGGCCGCUGCCGAGUCUGACAAGGACAAGUAAAGAACCCGCACUAGCUACAGAAACAACCACAACCACAACAAAAACAUGUUUAUUUAUUUACUAAGCAUUAUUUUGAAUGGUUCAAUAUUCAUCCAGGCAUUAAAUAAAUAACAAAUCUAGCAAUGUUUACAUAUUAAUUGUAUAAUUGCAAUCUACAUCAAUCGAUAAUUGUAAAUCAAAUUUAAAGAAACCCAAAACAAACAAAGAGAACUUAUCAACCAACAACUCGUAGCAGUUUCCAACAUUGUCCAAGUGUCUUUAAGUUUUUAACGAACGAAGCAACAAACAAACAAACAAAAACAUCAAAGUGAGGGAGAUUAAGAAGUAAACGAUUAUCUAGACGCAGCAAUGCAAUUACAAGUUUUUAUGAGUUUUCCAGCUAUUUUCGAUUCAAAUCAAUAUCAUCAUUUCGAUUACGCAACUUUCUUAGAUUUCGUGUAAACCUUUUUAAAUUAAUUCUUUGCUUUAGUUUUAGUUUUACUAUUUUGUUGAUUUUUUGUAUAAAACAACAAGAAGAACUAAGAUUACUCUAAAAACAAACAAGAAAAAAUCAAAUAAAAAAUGAAGUAAAAAUCCACAACUAA